CGGCUAGUGCACCGCCUGACGCAGGCGCAGUAGGGCAGUCGGGUGCGCAGUGACUGCUGCCCAAGCGUAGGUUAAGGAAAAGCCUAGCAGUUCUGGGGUUCGCGCGCCGCCGGGUCGUUACAGCCGAGCACUUGGAGAACCCGCGGUCUGGGAGCAGCCGCCAUGUCGAUCUUCACCCCCACCAACCAGAUCCGACUGACCAAUGUGGCGGUGGUGCGGAUGAAGCGGGCAGGGAAGCGCUUCGAAAUCGCCUGCUAUAAAAACAAGGUCGUCGGCUGGCGGAGUGGCGUGGAAAAAGACCUCGAUGAAGUUCUGCAGACCCACUCAGUGUUUGUAAAUGUUUCCAAAGGUCAGGUUGCCAAGAAGGAAGACCUCAUCAGUGCCUUUGGGACGGAUGACCAGACUGAAAUCUGCAAGCAGAUUCUAACUAAAGGAGAAGUGCAAGUGUCAGAUAAAGAACGGCACACACAGCUGGAGCAGAUGUUUCGGGAUAUUGCAACCAUUGUGGCAGACAAGUGUGUGAACCCAGAAACAAAAAGACCCUACACGGUUAUCCUCAUCGAGAGAGCCAUGAAGGACAUCCACUACUCCGUCAAGCCCAACAAGAGCACAAAGCAGCAGGCUUUGGAAGUGAUAAAGCAGUUAAAAGAGAAGAUAAAGAUUGAGCGUGCCCACAUGCGAUUGCGCUUCAUCCUGCCAGUGAACGAAGGAAAAAAGCUGAAGGAGAAACUGAAGCCGCUGAUGAAGGUCGUGGAGAGUGAGGACUACAGCCAGCAGCUGGAGAUAGUGUGUCUCAUCGACCCAGGCUGCUUCAGAGAAAUCGAUGAGCUAAUAAAAAAGGAAACCAAAGGCAAAGGUUCUCUGGAAGUGCUCAGCCUGAAAGACGUGGAGGAAGGAGAUGAGAAAUUGGAAUGACCCUCUCCAAGUCCUCAGCUGGAACAAGACAGAGGACAUUUGUCCCUUGCAGCAGCUUGUUUCUGUGACCUGCCAAAAGCCCUGCUCAAGCAACGUGCCACUUUCCAAUCUUGUGUUAAACAUUUACCUAGGUACUGGGUGUUUUUGUUAAAUUGGGGUUUCCAACAAAAAUGACAAACACAAAAUACAGCGUCCAGAACAGCUUGCUGUCUAUGCCUUUCUAGUUCCACAGGAAAGAUCAGACGUGGAUAAGGUAGAGUUAGGAUGUGAUACAUCAUUGGAGAGAGGUCUGUAUAACAAAAAGGAGUGUUUGCUGGGAUGAAGAUGUGGUACUUUUGCAUAAUGAAGUCCAGGUCUGGGGUGUGAGCUGGUUCCCUAAAUUUAGAUAUAUAAUGACUAGGGAAAAUUUGAAUUUUUAAUUUUCAACAAACAUGGAACCACACAACUGACUUAGAUUAUUCUUGGUAAAAUAUAUAAAGUCAUUUAAUACUAAUUCUUAAAAGUUUAUAUGUUAGUAUAGCUAAAAUUAUACAUAAUCAAUAAAACUUAUUUUUAUUAA